AUGCUGCUAGACGGCCCAUCAUGCCUCCCAGUCAUGGAACCUAUCAACCUAUACUCCUUCUACCCCUAUCCAAUUUCACCUAGAUCUCACGUUCAUUCGACUCUCUUUCCUACUUCAGAUCCAAGUUCGAGCUCAAGCUCACAGCAGCAUUCCACUUCCAAAGGCACCAAAGAAGUCGAGAAGCAGACAGCUCGAGAUCAAGUGCAAAAAUCGAUGAGACGAGCUGAAAGACGCGCUCUGAUGGGGAGACGACCCACGGGUGUAGGAUUGAGUAGGGAUGAUGAUGAGGUUAUGAACGAGGAGGAUAUGUUGGAUCAUGAGCAGCACGAUAUCAACAUGUUUGGUCACCGUUUCUUAUUACCUUUUGGACGUAGGCUGACCCAGAUGGAGAUGGACGCUGCACCGUCACCAUCACCGUCCGAGCACGACCACGAAAGACGUCAAGAAGAUCAUACGAUGGGGUCACCAAUGAUGGAGCCUCAUAUUCAGGGCGAACAAGAUGACGAGGAUGAGGAAGAUGGUGGUCAAGUAGAUUUGGAUGCUAGUAUAGAAGAUCUAGAUAAUAGUGAGAUGGUAGAUGAAGGUGAAGAGGAGGGAAGUAUGGAAGAGGAGUAA